UGCUGGGCUUCCGUCAUGCUGACCAACGGGCGGGAGGAGGUGAUCAAGUCCUGCGUCUCCCUCCCGGAGCUGAACGCGCAGGUCUUCUGCCACAGUUCCAAGAACAUCACGAAGACCGAGUGCUGCUACACCGACUUCUGCAACAACAUCACCCUCCGCCUGCCCCUUGCUGCGUCGGAGUCUCCCGGCAGAGCCAGCGUGGGACCCGUGGUGCUGGCGGUGACGGUGGCAGUGCCGGUCUGCGUCCUCUCCUUCGCGGCGGUGCUGGCGGCGUGGACUUGCCAGGGCCGGCGCUGCGCCCGCGGCAGGGCGAAGCAGCCCAACGUGGAGGAGCCCCUCUCCGAGUGCAACCUGGUGAACUCCGGGAAGACGCUGAAGGAUCUCAUCUACGACAUGACGACCUCUGGCUCCGGCUCUGGUUUACCUCUGCUCGUACAAAGAACAAUCGCAAGGACUAUUGUCCUGCAGGAAAUUGUAGGAAAAGGCCGAUUUGGCGAAGUCUGGCGUGGAAAAUGGUGUGGGGAAGAUGUAGCUGUGAAAAUCUUCUCCUCCAGAGACGAACGGUCCUGGUUUCGGGAGGCAGAAAUUUAUCAGACGGUUAUGCUGAGACACGAAAACAUCCUGGGCUUUAUCGCUGCCGAUAACAAGGAUAAUGGGACGUGGACUCAGCUCUGGCUUGUCUCCGAGUACCACGAGCAAGGAUCCCUGUUCGACUACCUGAACAGAGGCACGGUGACGGUGGAGGGCAUGGUCAAGCUGGCGCUGUCGGUGGCCAGCGGCCUGGCACACCUCCACAUGGAGAUCGUCAGCACGCAAGGCAAGCCAGCGAUCGCGCACCGAGAUCUGAAAUCCAAAAACAUCCUGGUGAAGAGGAACGAAAGCUGCGCCAUCGCGGACCUCGGCCUAGCGGUGAAGCACGACUCGGUGCUGAACACCAUCGACAUUCCCCAGAACCCCAGGGUGGGGACCAGGAGGUAUAUGGCUCCUGAGAUACUUGAUGAUGGGAUGAACAUGAACAUCUUCGAGUCCUUCAAGCGUGCGGACAUAUACUCUCUUGGCCUAGUAUACUGGGAGAUAGCCCGAAGGUGCUCCGUUGGAGGAAUCACUGAGGAAUACCAGUUGCCUUACUAUGACGUUGUGCCUUCUGAUCCUUCGAUAGAAGAUAUGAGAAGGGUAGUCUGUGAGCAGAAGCUUAGACCAAAUAUUCCAAACCAGUGGCAAAGCUGUGAGGCGCUGCGAGUGAUGGGCAGGAUAAUGCGCGAGUGCUGGUACGCCAACGGCGCCGCGCGGCUGACCGCGCUGCGUGUUAAGAAGACGAUCUCACAGCUCUGUGUGCAGGAGGACUCCAAAGCCUGA